AUUGAAUCGUUCAGCUGAUCACACAUGCGAAGCACACGGCAAACUAACUGAAUAACGUUGAUAAAAUAAUCGUCGCUGAUUUCUAUAGAAACUUGAGAGUGACUGAGCUGAAUCAUGCCUGCUACGAAGAGGAAAGCUUCCACGACCGAUGAAUUACCAGGUAUAUCCAAGCGUGUUCGAUUCGGGGGCGACGCCCCAACUUCAGCCGCGUUUCCCGCUGGACCCGGUGGACCAAUGGAGAUCGUCUUCUCAUUCGAUACAACAGGAUCAAUGUCAAGCUGCCUUGUUGAAGUCAGAAAGAAUCUAACAGAUAUGAUAAAUCGUCUGCAAAAGGACAUCCCCGGCCUCCGGAUGGCGGUAUUCGCUCACGGAGACUACUGCGACGAAAGAACAACCUACGUCACAAAAUACGUCGACUUCACGAAUGACGUCACGAAGCUUGUUGACUUUGUCAAUAACGUCCAAUCGACUGGUGGUGGGGAUGCUGAUGAGUGCUAUGAGCUGGUUCUGUACGAAGUGCGGACCAAACUCUCCUGGAGCCCUGGGACGCAGAGGUCGCUUGUCAUGAUUGGAGAUGCAAACCCACAUGGACCGAAAUAUACCCAAAACACUCUACACUUGGAUUGGAGGAAGGAAGUCAACAUGCUUGCCAAAGACCAGGUUCAUAUCUAUGGUGUCGACUGCGGAAACAGUUCCUGUGAAGAUUUCUACAUGUCGCUCGCUACGAAGACCGACGGAAAGUACCUCCAAUUGAAAGACUGGAACAACAUAUUUGAUAUGAUGAUGGCCAUCUGCUAUAGGGAACAUGGAGCCGAAUUCUUCAAGGCCUAUGAACACGAGGUUCGUUCCCGUGGUGCCGCAGUCACGCAUGAGAUGGAUGCCAUGUUGAAAACUCUGAGACAUUCAGAUGCUGAUGAGGGUUAUGAUACUGAUGGUUCAAGAUCAGCCGCACCUACUGAUACAUCGGAUUCUUAUUCGUCUUCAACUGCGACACCCACUACCAUCGGUCCUGCUCUGAAGGCGAAACUCACAUCUACGAAGCGGUCAAAGGUACCAAAGCCACGUUCUCUUCGGAAGGUAAUGUCGCCCACAAAGUUGCCCAGCGUCAAGAAGCCCAGUAAGACUGCUUCUCUAAAGUACAGGGAAAGGUUGGGAAAGCAUCCGUUCACCUCAUUGGACUGGUCAAGAUGGCAACGCCUCAUGACCAAGAAGAAACCCACCAACCGCACGGCCAAGAACUGGAUUCCCAGAAGGUUUGGAGCUGUUGGAUAUCGAAGAAUUGGACUUUUCAGAGGCGAAACUCGCAAACCAGCAUUUUACGAAGUUGGUGUUAAGUUACCUGGAUCUCAGAAAGUAAACGCUGUUUACUUUCGAUUGACUGAUGGAUUUCGAAAGGUGUGUCAUAUCGACUCUUACUUAUUCAGACACGUACAUUUGCACUCACAAAUCGACGAUGUCAUCGAUAGUGGAUGUGACCUUUACGUCAGGCGAGCUAAUGUUCCAGCCAACGUGAAAAUUGAGGGAAACAGGCUUGCGCAUGUCGACGAAGUGAGAGACUUUGUGAGAAAUAAGUACGAGUAUGCUUGGAACAAACGCGUUUACGGGAAAAGGCGCCAUAGGGUUGUUGUGAGGAGAGACAUAAGAAUAUCCAGUGACGAAUUCUAAAGACAUUUGAUACAAUUAUGGUCUUCGAACUCUUAAUUGGUGUCCAAACAACAUUUUUUUUUAAAACAUGUGACAUCGAGUAUUCGCAAAGCUCCAAUAUCCUUACCAACAAAAAGAGAGAUAAUCCAUCUUGUUGCCCCGUUAAUGAGUUCUCACGAAGUUCAUUCUAUAACAACAAUUAAACUUUUUGUACGGUAAGAUGAAACUGGUCGGGCUUUAUUUUAGAUACUCUGUAUAGACGCCAAUUAGCCGGUUCAAGGUAGACUCCUAAAGAGUGAAGGGCGCCUGUACAAAUGGCCUGUGUUCAUAGUGUAAAUAUGUAUAAUAUAAGCAUGUAUUAUUAUAUUCAUAAUAAAUUGCUGAACAUAAAUCAA